CCCCCUCACUCGCCUACAAAGUACAAACGACCCCCAAACGCCCAACUAACGUCCCUAUUAACAAACUGAUCCAUGUUUCAAAUUGGACGGUUCUGAUGCGUGGUGCAGCUGUCCCACUGGUGCAGGGAAUAAUUUUCGCGAUCGGAGAUAGCCUUAGAUGACAACUUUCCUAUAUGUUUUUGGUCGGUUUAAGCACUAACUGACACUUUGUGGCCCUUCUCACCUGUUGGAAUCAUACUACUACUGUGUCCUAUUUCUUCCGCCACUAGUUUCCAGUUUGAGAACGGAAACAUGUCCCAGACUGCCAUGACAACCAAUCGCCGGUUUGCCCAUCCCACGAAGUCACAAACCGAAAACACCUGAGAGUAACAGUCAAUGGGUUCGAGUCAAGUUUCUGAACGGCACACCAGGUUCAUCAAUGGUUGCACACCAACUGUUCGAUAAAAUGCUCCACUGAACCCUCUUUCGCUCAAACAGACCCACGCAAUUUGUAGCGGCAGUCGCAACCGACCUUGAAAAAUGUUGUUGAGGAGAGCAACCAAAUUCGCUUCAGCAGUAUUUCCACAUUUCAUUUCAAAGGCUCCUAUUUUUUGCUCAAUUCCCAUUUUUGAUCACACGGCACGAGUUGCAUACUACUCUAGUGGCUUUCGCCUCUCUCCAUUGUUUCCCUCCGAACCUAAACCCCGGUCGGAUAGUUAUGAUAUUGAGCUUGUUGACGAUGAUUCAUGGCAGGUUUCGUCAGGUUUGGUGCUGGCGGAACAAGGAAAGAAGGGGGCUGCAUUGGAAGAGAGUUGCUUAUCGGAUAAAGUGGUUGAUGAGCAGGUUGAUACUUGCUCUCUACCUGUUGAGGGUGACCCGGAUUUCGAUGACAUUGACAACUUGAGAGUUCGCGGCAGACUGUUCUAUAAAAUCAACCGCGAUUCCAAAGAGUAUGAAGAGUAUAAUUUCGACUUCCAUCGUAGGAAUAAGUCUUCCAAGAAGAAGGAUGAUCCAAAGGAGAGUAAAAAGAAGAAGGUUGAUCCAAAGGAGAGUAAUAGGAAGAGGGAUGAUGAAAAGGAGAGUAAGCAGAAGGUUAGUGGUUUAAAGGAAAGCAAAAGAGAGAACCCAAAGAAGAAGCUGAGAACUCCGACCUAUAAUCAGCUCACUGGUCCUUUUCAUGAGCCAUUUUGUCUUGACGUGUACAUAUCAAAGGCUUCAGUUCGUGCUUGUAUUGUUCACCGGUUCACCAGUAAGGUUGUUGCAGUGGCACAUUCCAUAUCAAAGGACAUGAAGUUCGACCUUGGUUCAACUAGGAAUCCGGCUGCUUGUGCUGCUGUUGGGGAAGUUCUGGCUCAGAGGGCAUUGGGGGAUGAUAUCCAUGAUGUGAUUUAUACACCAAGGAAAGGGGAGAAGUUGGAGGGCAAGCUUCAAGUUGUAGUUCAGUCUCUAAUUGAUAAUGGCGUUAAUGUUAAGGUGAAGAUCAAACAAAGAGCACGGAAGAAACUGACUUCCUUUUCUACAGCAUAGAAACUGACUUGUUUGCUAUUGUCGUCAAGUCUAUCUAGGUCAUCAGCGCAUCAAUUAUAGGUUUCUUUGGAAAUGACCAUGUUCGUAUGUUGUUUGAUCAUUGUUAGGGAGCUAUCAGGUUGAUGAAGUUGAUUCAUUUUACUUUGAGAAGUAUAAAAGCUGGCUCGGCCAAUUUAUACAUUAUACAGCGCACAAAGUCCUUUGAAGUCACUUCCCAUGAAACUAGGAGAGGUAAGUGCGCCUUCUUUGAUAAAUACGAGGACUUGAAGCAACCACCUAUGCUGUAUACUCUGGUUGUCUGCUCGUCUCCAUUUCCGCAGCCAAUGUGAGUUUGCUAGCUUAAACAACUUUGAGACCAUCUUACUGGCCUCUUGUGGAUAGUUGCAGGAUGUUUGAAGCUUUGUCUUUUUUGUUGUUUAUGAAUAAUGAGCCAAUGCCUUUGUUUCUGCACUGUGUAUGCUUAUAUGCAAUCUACCAAAUUAUUCC